AUGCCUGCUACCGGCGAAAAGUCUCCACUAGAUGCUGAGUUCGAUCAACUCGUCACUGACAUCCUCGAAACCUGGAAGAUUCCAGGAUUGUCUAUUGCUGUUGUACAUGGAGCUCACACUCACUUCAAGGCUUAUGGACUGGCCGAGUUCCCCGACAAGAAGAUGACAACCGAUGCACUAUUUCCGGCUGCUAGUACCACAAAAGCUUUCACCAGUGCAGCCACGUCUAUGGUCAUCAAAGAUAGCAAAGAAACCGAGUCUCCAAUUGAUUGGGACACGCCCAUCUCUUCUCUUAUCCCAGACGACUUCGUCCUGGCGAAUGACUAUCUCACCACGCACACCACGUUAGAGGAUGCGCUCUCCCAUCGAACAGGGCAGCCAGGCCAUAACUGGAUGCUCAGCUAUACGCCAGAGGAUGCAACUCUUAAGGACCUCGUUCGCUCAUUGCGGCACCUACCAGUCUCAUUUCCUCCGCGGACUCAUUUCCAGUACACCAACAACAUGUUCGUCGCAGUGACACAUGCCCUGCAAGAGAAAACAGGCAUUCCACUGGGAAAGUUCCUGAAACAGCGAAUUUGGGAACCACUUAGCAUGAAUGAAACCUUUCUCGGAGUCCCCGAAGCCCAAUCGAACCCAUCAAUUGCAAAGAAAAUUGCAGAAGGAUAUACUUGGACACCCAAUAGUGAGGAUGGCUCUUAUUUUCAAGAAGGCCGACCAAGCUGGGGAGCCAAUACCGGCGCUGGAGCGAUAGUCAGCAGUGUACUUGAUUACUCCAAAUGGAUCAGGGAGCUGAUUGAGAAAUCUGGACCUCUGAAAGGCCACGACUCUCUGAUCAAGCCCCGGACUUUCCAUUUCGAAGAAGGGGAUGUGAACCUACCCUCACCACACCACGCGUAUGCUCUAGGCUGGUUCGUGGAUAACUACCGCGGCCAGAACUUGUAUCAUCACACUGGUAGUUGGCCCGGGUAUGGUAGUCUCGUGGGCUUCCUCCCCGACAAACAAUUCGGCUUCGUCAUGAUGGGGAACUCAGCCUCGGCCAGGAGCGGGACCAUGAGACUGGCUGUUCAUCUUAUUGAUAAAUUGCUUGGACCCUCCAAUGACCCACUUCUCAAUGAGCGGAUGACUGCUUGCUUCAAUAGACAGAUCGAGGAGCGCGAGAAUAUGAUGAAGGAUUUACAGCGCAGUACAGCGGAUGUCAAGAAGCGACUAUUUCCUAGACUUCCUGAUCCUCCUAUUCCUCAUUCUCUUGAUCUGGAGGAAUAUGCGGGAAUGUAUACGCAUCCGGCCAAUGCCUCUGUCACUAUCAAGUUUGAAGGCGGCGAAUUAGUUACCGAGAAGACCCAAGGUGCUAUUCCUGGUGUCUUAGGUCUGACGCAUGCUAGUGGGGAGUUCUUUGUCGGUAGGAUGAAGUCCUUCAAUCUUGUUAUUGAGCCUUUUGUCGUGGAGUUCCGGAUUGACUCCACUGGGAGUGUGACGAAGGUUGGAAUGGAUCUGGAGCCAAGUUUGAAAGGCGAGAAGAUUUGGUUUGAGCGUUGCGAAGCUUGA